AUGGCUAGAGGUAAGAAGAUGGUGUCGCACCUGACACCUCCUUGCCUCAACCUUAAACUUGCUGACACUGCGUUUAUUGCAUUUCUGAAAACGGAUAUAGUUAUCUUGUUCGUGGCUGGUACCACCAUGACACUAUAUGGUUCCAUGGUACCACUGAAUAGUGAAUAUCGCUGCCGUAGUCGUGUCCUGCUGGAGAAACAUUUACAUGAAGAACAACUCGCUCUUCGUCAUAUAUCCUUCAUAGAACCGCUCAUACACGAUAAACAGUUUCAGUACCUGUCGAAACUGAGAAGCUUGUCUCUUAAAUCGUGCAAUAUAUCAUACCUGAAUAAGGACGCGUUUUACGGCCUUGACCUUCUGGAAGUUUUGGAUUUGAGUGAGCUUACCGUCAAUGAACUCAAUGGACACCCGUAUUCCUUCAAUUUGAAAAAGUUAAAGCUUCAGGAUUUACCACAAUUACAGAUCUUAGACAUUUCUAGUAACAAUGCAUACUUACAUUGUGAUAUACAGAGCGCAGAUUACUUCAAAGGAAUGCCAAAUCUUCGAGCGUUACACAUGCAUCGUAACAGGCUGUGGCUUACCAAUGCCCCAACACUCCUCGUUAUGUUUCAAUCCCUUCACAAUGUGACAUUUUUAGAAUUAAGUAGUAACGUGUUAUCGGAACUUCCAGUGGGAAUGUUUGACUCUAUGGUGCGUCUCAGAACUCUACGUCUUUCAAGAAACAUACUGCGGACUAUUCCUAAGGGACUAUUCAAAAACUUGAAUCAACUCCACACCUUAGUACUCUCCUUUAAUUACAUAUCCAACAUCCAAGAUGGCGCCUUCGAUGGCUUAAUAUCGUUACGUGUACUUAAAAUGGGCAAUAAUAAGUUAAUCUGUGACUGCAAUAUACGGUGGUUACAGCAAUAUUUUCAGAGAUUUGACAAGGAGGACUCAAAAGAGUUUUGCUUUGGUACUACUUCAUCAAAGAGAAUUCCAAUCACUGAAUUCAAACCUGACUGGUGGCAGUGUGAUAACAACACGACGAAGGUGGCGGUCAGUAUCCUUGGAGUGGUACUAUUCAUGUGUUUUAUAGCUGGUAUUGUUUACUAUGCAAGAUGGGACAUUAGAUUCGCUUUGGUCGUCAGGUUCGGGUGGCAAUGUUGUACUAAGAAACCACAAGAUGCUGACGUUAACCUUGAGAAGAUAUUUGACGCGUUUGUAUCUUAUAGUUUACUGGAUACGGCCUGGAUUGUUGCCGAGCUGAUCCCAAAUCUGGAAAAUGACGAGCAGUUCAAUUUUCGUCUUUGUAUCCAUGAGCGCAAUUUCCUUCCCGGCAACUCUAUUGUAGAAAGUGUUGAAGGAGCCAUGGAUGGCAGUUACAGUGUCAUUUUCUGGAUUACUCAAAACUUUCUGGAAAGCGAUGAUUGUGAUUUUGAACUGAAUUUGGCCAAGACCAAGCUCUCUGAAGGAAACAUUCGCUCGGUUAUUUUCAUAUUUGAAGAACGUUUUGAUAAAACCCAACUACCGCAGCCAAUGGGGAUUAUGAUACGACAUUGCCAAUGUCUUUAUUGGCCAGAUCUGCGGCUGCGCAAAAGGGACAUUUUCUGGAAAAGACUGAAGCUGGCCUUGUUGGAUACCAGGCCAAAAGAUAAUUGA